AUGAACUUUGAUGCACAGCAUAGCGCAUUGCUUCCCAAUAUAGCACGCCAAGAGGAGGUGAAUAUCAUUGUGAAGAGACACCAGCAUUGUCGAGCACAGCUCACGGGAAUUCGUGCUUUCGAAGAAGGUAAUUUACCCCAGACGAGUACUUGA